ACGGAUUUUAAGAAUCCGGCAUAAACAAACACGAGAAGAGGAAGUUUUGCAGAAAUAUUAAAGGAAGUAAAUUAGUAUGGAUAAAGGUUAAGGACAGGAUAUAUAUUACUUGAUCUUUAUUGCAGACAAUUUAUCUACAAUGUCUGAGGAGAAAAUAAAUAUUAAGAAAAGUAUGCUAUCUCCUGAUGUAGCGCCGUUUGUGCCAAGAAAUUUUAAUGUAAAUUAUUACGGCUUAUCCAAUUAUCAUUCGGAAAUCAAUGAUACAGGUUUUAUAACUAACUUAUCAGGAAUUGAAAUUCCUCAGCCCAGUAAAUGGGAAUCUCCAAUUAUCUAUCCUGCAUCUUUUCUGCAUAAUCCAAUUUAUCCAUUUACCCAUGUGAUAGCUCCUGAAUGUUCAUUUCAGACUGCACCAAUCAUUGAUUCUAAAUGUUUUGUUUCAACAAUAGAGUCUGAAAUGACUAAUAAAUCAAGUUUUCAGCCUAAAAAACAUCAUGCAUCAAGAAAAUCAAAAAAAUAUGUGGAGAUUUCUGAAGGAAAUGUACAAAGUAAUCCUAAUGUACAAAAGAAAGAAAAGAAGAAGAAAGGAAAUAGCAGCAGUAAAACAAAUCAAAUUUCUUCAGAUCUUUCAAACUUUAAAAUUAAAAGUAAUUGUUCUGAACAUAAACAGAUCAAAUCUAGAACAGAUACUAAUGAAACACCAGUAAAAUUUGAUAGUAAUAUUGAAUUUCCAACUCUGCCUUCCAUUUCCAAUAAAACUGAUUCUGUAGAUGAAAAUAAACCUUUGUCAUACAAUUCGUCUUAUUCUUCGGUCUUAAAAUUUGAAUCUAAGACAGUAUUAAAAUUAGAUAAAACUAGUAAUAAUAAAUUUCCUAAUAAAAGUAUUCAUGUAUCAGACAAUUGUAAAAAUAUUGAAAAAUCUGAUGAAAUUUUGCAUAAUGCAGAUAAAAAACAUGAAAAAAUGAAAAAUAGGAAUUUUUCAAGAACUAAAAAUGUAUCAAAAAAUAAGGAACAUUUUCAACAGGGUAAAAAUCAAAUUGAUUUCCAUCAGAGAGACAACAUUCAGAUAUCAGAACCUAAUAAAGUUUUACAAAAGAAUAGUCCAUCCAAAGAUCUGUCAAAAAAAUCUAAUACACCCAAAGAAGAAAAAGAAGUAUUACAAGUGAAUGCUCAGUCUGUAGAAAAUAAAGGAAAAGAAACAUUAGAAAAACCUGAGAAAACUAAGAAGAAAAGAAGAAAUAAGAAAAAGAAGAAAACUGAUGGUGGAAAAGUUUCACUUUUAAGUCCAGAAAUGUUUGCUGCUAUCACAAAGCAGUUUGUUAAAUCAUCCGAGUACAAAUACAACAAUUUUAAUUUAUCCGACGCAGAAGAGUUUCCAGAUCUUGGUUCAACUUCUUCAAAAAAUAAUGAAUUAUCAAAUACGCACAAUGAUACAAAAGAUAAAAGUUUGUCAUCUAAAUCAGUAAUUAAAAAUCAGGCUAUUACUCCUGAAAUUGUUCCCGAUUCUACUCAUAUCAGUUCAGUAGAUUCUUGGAAAUAUUCAACAUUCAGCAGUAUUUUAAAGAUGAAUAAUCCGCCAGCUAACAGUGUGAAUAAGGAAGAAAUCCACAAAGAAAAAUUAGAAGAUAAUUCAAUUAUACAAAAGGAAGAGCCAUCAUCAAGUAAAAUAUUUGAUGUUUUGUAA